AUUGUUUUUAGUGUCUCUGCAAGUUCAGAAGAGUAUCCGCUGUCGCAAGAGCAAAUCGACUUCUACAAUGAACAUGGAUAUCUGAUCAUUAAACGACUAUUCGGACCGGAAAGUAUUGAAAAAUAUAAGGCGCGAUUUGUAGAACUUUGCCACAACAAAGAGAAGAGAGGAAUGGUCUCAGUUGUGAAGGACAACAAACUAUUUCAGACGAAGACCAACCCAGAGGACUAUAUUAAUAAGAUCCAGGAGAUCCUCUACGACCCAGUGUACAUGUCGUACAGCGAGUCCCCGCGCCUGUUGCACGCGGUGUCGCAGCUCAUCGGCGAGGACCUCACCGCAGUCAACUGCAUGUUGAUCAACAAGCCGCCCGGCACGCCGCGACACCCGCCGCAUCAGGAUCUGUAUUACUUCCCGUUCCGACCUGCGGACAAGAUCUUGGCGGUGUGGACUGCGGUGGACCCCGUCAAUGUACACAACGGGUGUCUGUACGUGAUACCAGGGUCGCAUAAGGCAAGAGUGCUCUACCAACACGAGGAUAAACUUAGGGACGUCCUGCAGUUUUUCCACGAGAUCGGAGACGAGGAGGGAGUGGCACCCGUGGAAAAGAGAGUGCACCUGAUCAUGGACCCCGGAGACACAGUGCUCUUCCACCCCUAUCUGGUGCACGGCUCCGGACCUAACUUGUCUAAUAGUUACCGUAAAGCGCUGACGUGUCAUUACGCGAACAGCCACUGCCAGUAUGUGGAUGUGAAGGGCACGCCUCAGGAGCGGCUCUCGUCACAGGUAGAGGCGGAACUGCGCCGGCGCGGCACUGACUUAUCCUUUGUCGAUCUGUGGCGCGUCAAGUCGAAACAAGUAAAGGGUGUGAGGGCAAAUCUUUAAUUAUAUUUAAUAAACAUUUCAUUAUUUUAUAACAAUUAUUAUUAGUGAAG